GUUUGGGCGAGAAAAAUUACUUCACCGCCGCAUUUUACACAGUUGACAGAAAAUAGAAAAGCUGAAAUGCCUCCGCGGCGCCGCUGCACCGACGGCAGCGUUUCGGAUCCCCGUUCCGACAUUCUGAGUAGAGAAUCGAUGAUACACAUUAGAAGUUGGCCUUCUUAUUCCCGGAGGUGUAAAAAGGAGAGGCCAACAAGAAUAGAGUCCCUCCCCAAAGAGCUAUUGUUUGAAAUUCUCCUCCGAUUGCCGGCCGAUCAUCUCUACGAGAGAGCGAGGCUCGUGUGCCGGCGGUGGUACCACAUUAUCCAUUCUCAUGCCUUCGUCAACGCGCAUACGCACGGUUCUACCUAUGGACUCCUCCUAUCACCCCUGAAGGAUUGUGCUCUGCCACUUUAUGUAACAGCCGAUGCAGACGGUGGAAUCCACACAUCUGAGCUAAAUCACAUCUCCAAAUUGGGAGUUCUUGCUACCUGCAACGGUUUAGUUCUGGAGUUGGACGACAAAUGUCACCACUUGCCUCGUCUUGUGAAUCCUGCAACGAAGCAGUCAUUCCUCCUCCCACCGUAUCCUGGAGGGCUUAUGUAUUGCCACUUCUACAGUGCUUUAGCAUACUCUGCAGCUUCCUUGGCGUAUAAAGUGAUUGCACCACGCACUGUUUGCUACUUCGGUCUUGACGUGCUCACUGUUGGAGUCGAUGAGUCCUGGAGGCACGUCGAGGUUCACCACCUCCCCGACCAUGUCAGGCCAUUUUUCCUCGGCGAGACUCCGUUGACUAGUGAAGGUUUCGUGCACUGGGGAAGGGGGAGAUACUGCGCGACGAUGGAUGUGGAGACAGAGAUCAUUACACUGAGUGAAGCCCCUUAUCAGUACCAUGAAAACAACUAUAAAUAUUUGUCAACUGGGAGGUGUGUGUCGCUCCUGGUUGCGUGUGGGGAUCUGUCGUGGGAGGUUUGGGAGAUGAAGGCAGAGACGGGCCAGUGGAGGAAGGCGCUGCCCAGCGUCGAUUUGGGAGCUGAGAAAUGCAGGAUUCAACAGUUUGCUCCUGAAGCUGAUCGACUUCUUAAGCCACUCGGUUGGGUUAAAUAUCCACAGGUUUUGGCGUUUUAUUUUGGCGCUAGUUAUCCUUGGAAGCGAUGGCGGCGUUGCAUUUUGUACAAUCUUGAUACGCAUCAACUCGACUCCAUAGAGCUACCACAAUGCUGUGAUUGUGGUUAUGAUGGUUUUCUGCAUAAGAAUAGUCUGAUAUGGCCAAGUUAAAAGAGUAUUAUUGUCUAUAUUUGGUUCAAGUUAAAAAGAGUUGAUAUAUCAUAUUUUGCAGAUAUAUGAUGCUUAUUUUCUCAAGAUACAUCAGCCUAUGUUGGUCGAAUAUUUUGGCUUGUAUUAGUGAAAAGGAGGUAAUCGUUUGUUUACUUUAUUAGAUUGAAAUUACAGGAUA